AUGGCACGCCACAUUGUCGAUACGGAAGCUAUGGCCACGAUGAUGAAACGCAAGCGUGCACAGGUCUCGUACCUCGACGAAGAUGACGAGCUCGACCAGAUGCUCGGCAUUGAUGCAGACUCCCAGCCGGCAUACGUUCCCCAUGACAAUGACGAAGAUCUCGACUUCGGCUCUCGUAAGAAGCCGACAAAGAAAGCCAAUGGCCGUUCGGUCAAGACAGCUAGGGCGAAGAAUGUCAAGCCUUUUCCAUUUCUAUCAUUGCCUGCGGAGCUUCGUGAUUACGUCUACGAGCUUGCCUUGACCGAUCCCAACGGCAUGACGUUGGUCUCGAAAACGAAAGCCCAUCGCCGCACUGUCAGCCGCGGCGUGAUUUUGGCGGAUGGCAAGACAUACUACGCCAGGCGCCGUCGCCAUCACCGCUGGUACCAGCCGCCUGUGUCACCGCAGCCUUCGACCCCCAUGCCUGCGCCUGUCACGCUCGUCCCGGCACUACUAGCCGUUUGCAAGCAGAUCCAUGACGAAGCUGUCGGCUAUUUAUACCAACAGAAUCUGGCCAUUGAAAACACCUACGCUCUUCACAGCUUCCUCGCCACCAUAGGCAGUCAUCGCAUUCACGUCACCAACAUGAGAAUCAAAGCCUACGGCAACGGACGCGGUAUCCACAAAGCCAUGAACUUUUGCGCCCUGACACUACUGGCGGGGUGCACCAAUCUCCAGUCCCUGACUUUCGACUGCAGCAUCGGGGCCCUUCGAGAUCCGAAAAGCCUAGCCAGACAGAUCUUCCGUGACGGGCACUACUUCCUGGAGGCUAAUAGUGCUGCCGUCGUCGACAGGCGGGCUGCUGUGGACGUGCUUCGGUUCAAUGACUGCAACUUCGACAAGGACCGCGGCAUGAGCUGGUACCGCCGCCAUCAGGACCUGCCAGGAAAGGAGGAGUUUGAGCGGCAAUUUCAGGCAGAGUUGAGGAGGCUGCUGAAGUGUUGA